AUGAAUAAUGUGACUGUUGCAGACAUAGAUACGAAUUUCCAGACUUCAUCAUCAUUACUUUCACCGAUGCCUAGUUGUUUUAACACAGAAACAAACCUAAAUACUGAAAAUAUUUCUCAAAUAAUACGAACAAUUUCACCUUUGCCUAGCUGUUCCUUUACUGGCCCCAGAAAAUCAAAUAAAAAUAGAUCUACAGGAACUCAAGUGCUUACAAAAAGCCCACUCAUAAAACAAUUAAAAGAAAAACAAAAUGAGAAGAAAGCUAAAGAAUUAAAAAAGUCUAUGAAAAUCAAAUCUAAAAACACUCAUGCAGUUAUCAAGAAUCCACCUAUUAAGAAUACAAAAAAGAAACAAGAAGAAAAAGUAAUUAGAAAAUCAAAAAGACCAGUAAACCGCAAAUUAUUUUUAGAUCUUCCAACUGAAAAGGGUGACGGUGUUCAAAGUGAAAGUGAUGAUGAUAAUGAUGAAGAAGAAGUUGCUUGUCUUUAUUGUAAUGAUUUAUACAAACCAAAUCUAAUGAGACAUGAAUACGUUGUAAUUUCUGUAAAAAAUGGGCGCACACAGCCUGUGCAGGUAUUGGUUUUGGAGUAA